AUGGAGCCGGGUAGGUCAAGUAGCACUGUGGGCCAGUCCAGGGAAAGCCUGGUUAGGGGCGGCCAAAUACUCCAUGAUGUUGCGACCCGAGGGGUCGUAAAGACAGAAGAUGAUGAUGAUGAGAGAGAAAUCUUGAAACAAAUCGAGAGACUGGCAGAGGACAAGGAGCUGCAACGGCAGGCUAAGGAAAAGGCCGAGCUAGAGCGACAGGACCUGCAACGACAGGCCAAGGAAAAGGCCGAGCUAGAGCGACAGGAGCUGCAACGACAGGCAGAGGAAAAGGCCGAGCUAGAGCGACAGGAGCUGCAACGACAGGCACAGGAAAAGGCCGAGCUAGAGCGUCAGGAGCUGCAACGACAAGCACAGGAAAAGGCGGAGCGAGAGCAAAAAACGAAGGAACUGCAGGAGGAAGCCAAACGCCAGGCCCAGGAAAAGAAGGAGCUGGAGCUACGAGCCAAGGAACAGGAAGAAGCCGAACGACAGGCAAAGGAAAAGGAACUGCAGCGACAGGCAAAGGAAAAGGCAGAGCUACAGCAAAAAGCAAAGGAACAGGAGGAAGCGAAAUGCCAGGCCAGGGAAAAGGAGCUGCAGCGACAAGUGAUGGAAAAGGAGCGACAGGUUCAGGAGCUGCUGAAGGAAAGGGAGCUGCAGCGACAGGCAAAGGAAAAGGCCGAGCUUGAACGAAAAGCAAAGGAACAGGAGGAAAGCGAACGCCAGGCGAAGGAAAAGGCCGAGCAAGAGCGACGAGCCAAGGAACAGGAGGAAGCCACACGACAGGCACACGAGGAAGCCAAACGACAGGCACAGGAGGAAGCCCAGCGACAGGCAAAGGAACAGGAGGAAGCCGCAAGACAGAAGCAUGAGGAAGCCAAGCGACAAGCAGAGGAAAAGGCCGAGCUAGAGCAAUUUAAGACAUGGAGCAGAGAGGCACUCAUGCAGGACAUAGACACACAGCGUGCCAAGAAGGCUGACUUGGCAGCCAAGCAGGCCAAGCUGGCCGAACUCCAGAAGCAAUUGGAGGAUGUACUAGUGGAGACCGAUGCACUGAUGCAGUCCCAGCAAGCGCCGUUGAUUCCAGGUGUUACUAAGCUGGAAACCCUGAGCCCCAGAGCCAACUCACUGACCCCAACGGAACCGCUGUCCCCACUGGCAACAUCGAGCCAAGAUGCUCAAGAUCCUUGGCCUAGUCGCAGCCUGUUUCAGUCCCCAACACCACCACCCGCCCAGAAGUCAAUGGCCACACCGUGUACCGCGACAAAGUCUCCCAGUAUCUCCCUGCCUUCCUCAGGAAACCUGCAGCUGGCCAUUCCCAAAGGCCAGCCACCAACCCCUGCAAAGGCACCUGCACCUGCAAACAAAGCCUCGCCGCCCCUGACCUCUGGUGCCAUCACAAAGAGGCUUAUGAGAUGUAUGGAACCGAAUGCGAAGGGUCUCUACAAGGUGGCAAAGUGCAUUCGCGAUCAGUUCAAUGCCGGUGGGGCAUCCAAAGACAAAGUGCUAAAGCUUUUCGCUGCCUGCGACCACAAGCCGGAGGUUUUCCUGAACAAGUUCUCCGUGGAGCGGGAGAAACACAUCGAGCUGGAGACCGAGGUGGAUUUCGAGUUCUUAACCAAGAAGGAGAUGGCUGAAGAUCAGAAUAUGACCCCGGCUGACAUCGAAGAAUGUGUUGCCCAAGCUGAGAGCGACCCCAAGCGCAAGAUUCGGAAGAGAGACAGUCUGACUAUGACCGAGACGAUGGAGGCUGAAGCCUUCGGGAGUGGCCUUGACAUGGAAGUGGAUUUGGAAGAGGCCCUGGAGCAGGGUUCUUUGCCGGAGUCGAUGACAGAUGCAGCCGACGGGGCUGUGAAAUCGGGCCCUUUGAAUGAAGAUCUCAGCAAGCUCUUGAAGCUAUUCAGGCCUGCACCAGACGAUCGACGAAACUGGCACAAAUGCUGCCAGCACGUGAGCAACCAAAAAAAGAAGAUGCAGCCGCCGCACAAGAGGGUCAAGGGGAUGUAUGCAAAGAUCCGGGCUGUCUACAGUGCUGUGGACGCCUGUUGCGAGAAGCUACAGAAGCACAAGGCUGAGGGUGUGCUGGAUGGCUACAACGAGAAGACCAUCCUUCCGACCAUGAAGCCGCAGGCUGCGGGCAAGGCGCAACCAAAGGCGCCAGCUUGUGUGAUCGGCGAGAUUGCUGAAGCUGUAGUUGCUGAUGGUAGUGCUACGCAGAACAUACGGGAGGCCACGAAAGUUGACAAGAGCCAUAGUGAACGCAAUGCACACAGAAUGUUCAAUAGAUACGGCUUGGCCCUCCGAGUUCCAAUCUCGUAUAUGGACGUGCCGCAGAGUAGCAGCGAGGAUAGUGUCACGGUCCCGUACUUGAAGAUCACGGAUUUCCUCAAGCAUUUGCUUAACAAGUUCGAAGAAGUCUUGUUUGCAGGGCUGAAGGCGGAUUCCGAUGCUGCCCGAGAUCUUUGUUCUACCUUUUGGAGCCGUUACCAGAGCUACCAUGGGGACCAUGUGAUCUAUAGCGAAGUGCCUGCUAAAGAUAGAUCCUUUUGUGUUCCACUUCUGGUACAUGGUGACAAAGGCCGAACAUUGCAGAAAAGCCCCAUCUUCGUAAUGAGCUUCGAGUUAGUUUGGGGAAUGUCACCAAGCAUGCUCAAGAAGGUUGCUUAUGAUUGUCGCAACACUCGGUAUGACACCAAAGAUGGGCACCUCCAGUGGCACUGUGGCCGCCGUGCUUCGGGAAAGCGAACUUUUAGGGACAUGUGUUUCGACAGCUGCCCUCUUAGAUCUGCUGGUCGUUUCAACCCCGAAACCAAAGGCAAUCACCAGCGCCACAACAAUCGUGGGCACAGUUUCUUGAGCCGCUUCCUGAUUGGAGCAAUCCCUUCCAAGCUCUACAGACGAAAUGCAGAAGUGCUUCCGUGCUUGUUGAAGCAAGCCGCUGAGGAUCUCAAAGGCUGUUUCCAGGAGGGUCUGCUCCACGAGAAAUCUGGGAUGCGGUUCCGGUUUGUGUUCAUCGGAGCAAAGGGCGAUGCUGAGUGGCAUUUUGAUGCAGGGAACUUCACUCGGUCAUAUCAUCGAACCGGACCCGUGAAUGCUGCUCCGAUUUGCCCGCUCUGUGAAGCUGGCACCGAAGGUGUAAGCUACACAGAUGUCUCUGAUGCGCCCGAGUGGCUGGCGAGUAUGGGAACAUCGGUGCCAUGGGACACGACACCCCCUCUAAACCUGGCCCCUUUCUCUACAACCUUCCCAGCUAACCUCUACAAGUUCGACCCCUUCCAUGUGUUGAAGUUCGGUAUAUUUCGUGAUGCUGUUGCCAGCACGAUCGUCAGAUUGGCACUGAUGGGCUACUUUGACUUGUCUGCUGAGGACUACAAGAACAUAACUGAUCGUCUCGCUAGGGCAUAUUCACUCUACAAGUUGUGGUGCCUGGCUGCAAACAAGAACCCUUCGUUGAAAGGCUUCACGAAAGCGAAUUUCAACUUUGAAAAGAUGUCUAAGUUUGCAUGGGUGAACGCUAAAGGAAGUGAAGUCACGAUGCUCAUGCAAUGGUUAGACUUCCUUGUGCCAAGCUUUGCAGCUGAACCGAAGCAGGCAAGCGAUCUUGUGUUCUUGCGAGCAGCAUCCCAAAUGAUUCGUGGGGGUUUGGAUUAUAUCGGGGUGAUGCAUAGUCAUGGCAUUUGGCUCCCAUUGAACUGCGGCAAGGUUCAGCUACAAGGGGGCUUGGUCUUCGCUCGAGGGUACGCCUUCUUAGCACAGCGCUGUAUGGAGCAGGGUUGCACUGGGUACAAUCUGCGGCCAAAACUUCAUUACAUGAUGCACCUACUCGUACACCUCAAAGCCCAGAUUGACAACAAUGCUCCAUGGGUGCUCAAUGAAGCACUACACCUUUGCGAAAACAAUGAAGACUUUAUAGGGAAAUUGUCGAGGGUAAGUAGACGGGUUCAUGCUUCCCAAGCUGCGCUCCGAACAACGCAAAGGUACCUUGUGAAGGUACGUAUACUUCUUGAAAGGCUCCUUAAGUAG